AGGGUGCAAGUUUGUUAAGUAAAUGCUAAUUCAACGCAACGAAAGGGCGGAUCGCGGUUUCUUUCAAGUUCGUUAUAAAAAGUGUUCAUUUACGCAACACGUGGCUGCCUAAUUUAUAUCUUAAAUUUCGUCAUUCUACUGCAACAUUAUAACGUGUUGGUCAAGUGAGCACUAUAUUGAAUUAACCUACCGCUUAAAUUCACUUCAAGUGACGACAAAAUGGUGAACGAAUAUACCGGACCUCCUCCUCAACAAGAGAUGGAAACAUUUCUACCGCGCGAUUCGAAAAAUGGAACCGUUGUGUACAAAUUCACGACCGCAAAAACGGAUGUCGAAGCAAAUGGAAUUGCUCCAUUUGAUCCGUUCAAAGAACGAAAGCUGGAUCAUCCUACUACCGAUGGUGAAACCUUGACUCAUCUGCUGAAAGCUUCGCUCGGCACUGGUAUCCUGGCGAUGCCAGUCGCUUUCAGUUACGCAGGAUUGGCCGGUGGAAUCAUCGCAACCGUACUUACUGCCUUCAUCUGCACGCACUGCGCGUAUGUACUUGUCAAGUGCGGCCAUACCUUGUAUCGACGAACGCAUCGAACAGCUAUGAGCUUCUCCGAAAUUGCAGAAGUAGCAUUCGAGAAUGGGCCCGCUUGGGGUCGCCGAUGGGGCAUGCCUACCUCAUACUGCAUCCGCUACGGUCUAUUUGUGACAUACUUCGGAACAUGUGCCGUAUAUACCGUCAUCAUUGCUACCAACUUCCAACAGGUGAUCGAACACUACUACGGCAGCCCACUGAAUCUACGCGUAAUGAUAGCGCUUCUGCUCGUACCACUAAUCCUACUGUCGUGGGUGCCCAACCUGAAGUACCUCGCUCCGGUUUCGAUGGUGGCCAACAUUUUCAUGGGUGUUGGUUUGGGUAUCACUUUCUAUUACCUCGUGACCGAUAUGCCAGCCAUCAGCGAACGUCCAAUGUUUCUGCCAAUCGUUCAAUGGCCUGCCUUCUUUGCUAUUGUCAUCUUUGCAAUGGAAGCCAUCGGAGUAGUGAUGCCGCUAGAGAAUCAGAUGAAAACGCCCCAGAACUUUAUCGGCAUUUGUGGUGUGCUCAAUCAAGGCAUGGCCGGAGUAACGCUCAUCUACAUUUUGCUCGGAUUCCUUGGCUAUGUUAAGUAUGGCGAUGCUGCUCUUGGCAGUAUCACGCUGAAUCUGCCCAUUGAAGAAAUACCUGCUCAAGCUGUGAAAAUUCUGAUCGCACUGGCCGUGUACUGUACCUUCGGAUUACAGUUUUACGUGUGCCUCGAUAUUGGAUGGGUCGCCAUCAAAGAUCGUUUCACCAAGCGCCCGCGUCUAGUGGAAUACAUCAUGCGUACACUGCUCGUAACAGCUGCUGUCCUUCUUGCUGUCGCCGUUCCCACUAUCGGUCCAUUCAUUGGAUUAAUUGGAGCAUUUUGCUUUUCUAUUCUCGGGCUAUUGAUACCAAUUGUUAUUGAGAUGAUCACGUACUGGGAUGAAGGAUUUGGACCCGGCAACUGGAUUGUAUGGAAGAACGUUAUUGUCGCAAUUUUUGGCGUCAUUGCAUUAAUUUUUGGCUCCAAGAGCUCCAUUCAAGACAUACUAGCUUUAUACGCGUAGAACCUUUCUGCUGCAUGAUAGGUUGCCGAUUGGGCAUUGUUUUCUUUACUUACCAUCCUACAUAACACUAUGUCAGCACGGCUUAAACUCAGUUCUGCUUUUCGACGCAUUCUAGGAGGACAUGUCCUGAUGCCUGCGUACGGUAAAUGCUGUGUUCUUCAACGUCAUAUCAGUAGGAAGGAUUAACAACAGCUUAGCGUAGGAAAAACUUCAAAACAUGCAAAAAUGCGUCACCAUCGGUGAGAAAGACAAAGACUCGUUAUGCUUGCCGGCGUCCUUUUGAAGUGAUGAAUAUUGUGCCUCGUUGCCUGGAUCUGACUUGUACUGGAUUGUGAACCGAAUCCUACACACAAGUGCCUCAUACCGACCAAAAAGUAACGACUGAACAAUCGUUAACAUAGCUCAUUGGCCAAUUUAGUUACUCCAUGGAGCAGGGCAUACUUUUUUGAUUUUCAUAAUCCUUUUUUCAUGAUCCUAAUUUUCAUGAUUGAAAAAUGAAAUUGUGCGCAUCGCAAGGCUAGUUAACAUAACAAACAUACAUGUCCUGCAGUUGGACCUUUUCUUUGGUUUUCUACGCCAAUUAUGACCAUUGGUCAUUUGUUCUACGCAUAUUUAUCUUAUUCUGUCGAAACCAUCGACUCGCAUAACAAUCUAUCAAAUUCACAAUUGUGGGUUUCAUCAAUCCACAAUAUUGCAUGAAUUUCUUCGCUACUCAUGUUUGCCUUAAAAAAGGGAACGAAACCGAAGUUUGGUUAAUGAUCAUUUAGCGAACCCUGGUGGUCCGGAGGUGGUUAAUGUACAAAAGACGCAAUUCUUUUUUCUUUGAAUACUAUUUUAUUUCUUCCUCAACGCAACGCAUCUGGACUUUUUUUUUUAUUUCCAUAUCAAUUUCAUUCGUUUGCACUCGUCUUGGAAAUCUUUUGCAUUAGAAUAGGCUAAACUUAAACCCCAUUCAUAUUGAUGCCGUUCUUUAGUUGUACUUUUGUACCAGCAGGGCAAAUAAUACCAACGAAAAUAUACGCUAUGAAAUAAAACAAGGUUGAGUAAUUACUA